AUGCGUCAAUCAAUCGUCACUUCCUUCCUUCUCCCGUGUAUCUUUCUCGCCUGCCCUUCAGCGAGCUCUUCGACCUCACAAGCCCCGUGGGGACAAUGUGGCGGUAUCAAUUGGACCGGUAGUACGACUUGUGUAUCAGGCUGGACCUGCAUCGAGCAGAACCCUUAUUAUUCCCAGUGCCUGCAAGCCAGCAACACCCCAUCUCCUCCUCAACCGGCAACUUCUUCACCACCAGUCGUUCAACCAGUCUCGCCUAGCCCGUCGCCGUCCAGCAGCCCAACAAGUGCUAGCAAGCCAACAACUUCCACCAGCCCGGCCUCCAGCGGUGGAGGCCUGACUUACAAGGCAUCGUUCACUCACUACGGUUCCGGCGACAGCUUUGGCUCGCCCAACUGCAAUACCAAUACGGCCGCCUGCUUCUUCUAUACCUCUCCCGGCUUCAGCGCAGCCGUGUCUCAAAACCUCUACGGCGCUGGACCUGGCCAGGGUCAAGGUCCUGCUUGUGGCACAUGCUGGAAGCUAGUCGGGGAGACGGACUCGUCCGGCAACACCCUCAGCAAUGUCGGAACGACCAUCGUGGUCAUGGUCAACAACCUCUGCCCGGCCGCCGGCAACCCGCUGUGCGCCCAGAACGGUCUAUCAGGCACCAAUCAGUACGGGGCCAACGUCAACUUUGAUCUCUGCAGUGACAGCGGUGCCUCCGAGGCGUUUUUUGGGAAUAGCGGCGUAGGUCUUGCCGUUGGCACGGCCACGCAGGUUGAUUGUUCAGAGUGGUCUGGAACCGUCGUGCAUUAG